CUGGGAGGCCCUGCCCAGUUGGGCCAAUCCAGGAGCCCCCACCCCAUCGUGGCCGCACUGAGCCUGGCUUUCCCGCCAAGGAGCCCAGACCCCUGGGCUGUCAUCCCGAGCUGUGGUAGGCUGGGCCCGGAGGCCAGAUACUUGAUCAGAGAGUCACCGCUACUUGGCUUGGCCACAUUGUGUCCCCUCUUCGGUCACGUCCUAGGGCAACAGCUGCCCCCAAACGUUGCCUGCUGGGGCUAUGCAGGCCAUGGGCCAGUGGCAGCUUCUGGGGGCUCUGCUCUCCGUGCUGGCACUGUGGCCCCAUCCGGCUCAGGGGGCCACCCGGGAAUACUACGUGGGCAUCCGAGAAGUCCGUUGGAACUACUCGCCAAAGGACAAGAACGUCAUCACGGGCAAGUCAGUGCAAGACGACAAGGCGGCUGCUGGUUUCCUGGAGCCGGGCAAGGACCGAAUAGGGAACAUCUACCAUAAGGCUGUGUACAAGGAGUACUCGGACAGCUCGUACACCACUGAGGUGCCCAGGCCCGCCUGGCUGGGCUUCCUGGGCCCCGUGCUGCGGGGGGAAGUAGGGGACGUCAUCCUGGUUCACCUGAAGAACUUCGCCAGGCGCCCCUAUACCAUCCACCCCCACGGCGUCUUCUAUGAGAAGGACUCAGAAGGUUCCUUGUACCCGGAUGGCACCUCUGGGAGGCUGAAAGCAGAUGAUGCUGUCCCCUCUGGAGGGAGCCACACCUAUAACUGGACUAUACCUGAGGGCCAUGCACCCACCCACGCUGACCCUGCUUGCCUCACCUGGAUCUACCACUCCCACGUGGAUGCUCCCCGAGACAUUGCCUCUGGCCUCAUUGGGCCUCUCAUCACCUGCAAAAGAGGGACCCUGGCUGGAAGCUCCCCUCCAAGGCGACAGGAUGUGGACCGAGACUUCUUCCUGCUCUUCAGCGUGGUGGAUGAAAACUUGAGCUGGUUCCUGGAGGAGAACAUUGCCUCCUUCUGUAAGGACCCUGCCUCGGUGGACAGAGAGGACGAGACUUUCCUGGCAUCCAACAAGAUGCACGCAAUCAAUGGCUUCGUCUUUGGGAACCUGCCUGAGCUGAGCAUGUGUGCCGGGGAACAUGUGGCCUGGCAUUUGUUUGGCAUGGGCAAUGAGGUGGAUGUGCACACGGCCUUCUUCCCUGGGCAGGUGCUGACAGUCCAGGGCCACCACACGGAUGUGGCCUCCCUCUUCCCAGCCACAUUCGUGGUUGCCCAGAUGGUCCCUCGGGUGCCCGGCACAUGGCUGCUCAGCUGUCAAGUAAACAGCCACCUGAGAGAUGGCAUGCAGGCACUGUAUGAGGUCAAGCCAUGCUCCAUGACCCCACCACAAGCCUCACUCCCGGGCCGAGUCCGACAGUACUUCAUUGGGGCUUCGGAAGAAAGCUGGGACUAUGGGCCCACAAGGCGAGAUGGAAGGACUGGGAAGAGUCUUCAGGAGCCAGGCAGUAACUCGGAAAAGUUCUUCCAGAAGAAUGCCAGGAGGAUUGGAGGCAGUUACUGGAAAGUUCGCUACAUCCAAUACACUGAUGAGACAUUCCAGACAAAGCUGCCACGGUCUGAGGAAACCUUUCACCUGGGCAUCAUGGGGCCAGUAAUCAAGGCUGAGGUGGGCGACACCAUCGAGGUCGUGUUCUACAAUCGAGCCUCACGGCCGUUCAGUAUACAACCCCACGGUGUCUUCUACGACAAGGACUACGAGGGCACCGUGUACAAUGAUGGCUCCCGUCACCAUGGCCUGAUUGCCCAACCCUUUGAGAAGGUCACCUACCGAUGGAUGGUCCCUCCUGGUGCUGGCCCCUCUCCCACAGACCCGGCCUGCCUGACCUGGAUGUAUUUCUCAGCUGUGGAUCCCGUCAAAGACACCAACUCCGGCCUUGUGGGGCCUCUUCUGGUCUGCAAAGUGGGCUCGCUGGGGGCCGAUGGCAAGCAGAAAGGUGUGGACAAAGAAUUCUUUCUUCUCUUUACUGUCUUCGAUGAGAACGACAGUUGGUACAGCAACAUCAACAAGGAUGCCGCCAUGUUGGAUCAAAGUCUCCUCUUAGAAGAUGACCAGAGCUUCCUAGACUCCAAUAAGAUGCACGCCAUUAAUGGUUUCACCUUCUCGAACUUGCCUGCGUUAGCUAUGUGCCAGGGGGACACAGUUGCCUGGCAUUUCCUCAGCCUGGGCACUGAGACCGACGUUCACGGAGCCACAUUCGAGGGUCACACCAUCCAGAUGAUGGGCAUGAGAAAGGCUUCAGCUUCCCUCUUCCCUCACACCUUUGCUACAGCCCUCAUGCAGCCAGACACUCCAGGGACCUUUGAGAUCUACUGUCAGGAAGGCAGCCACCUCCAGGCAGGAAUGAGGGCGUCCUACAAUGUCUCCAGGUGCCAAGGCAGAAGAUCUGAAGCCCAGCGGUACCAAGUAGUUCGCACCUACUACAUCAUGGCUGAGGAGAUGGAAUGGGACUACUGCCCGAAUCGAACCUGGGAGAUGGACUGGCAUAAUCAGUCAGAGAAGGAGAGCUAUAGCCAUGUCUUUCUGAGCAACGAAGAUGGGCUCCUGGGUUCUCAGUACAAGAAAGUCGUCUACAGGGAGUAUAAUGAUGGUACAUUCAGGACUCCCAGACCAAGAACUGGUCCAGAAGAGCACUUGGGAAUUCUGGGACCGCUGCUCCGGGGAGAGGUCGGCGAUAUCCUAACUGUGGUGUUCAAGAACAAUGCCAGCCGCCCCUACUCUGUGGGUGCCCGUGGGGUGCUGGAGCACGAAGCUGGCUCAGCCCGACCUGCCGAGCCUGGUGAAAUAAUCAUGUACCAGUGGUACAUCCCUGAACGUUCGGGCCCUGGGCCUAACGACUCAGCCUGCAUCCCCUGGCUCUAUUACUCUGACGUGGACCCCAUCAAGGAUAUGUACAGUGGCCUGGUAGGGCCCCUGGUCAUCUGCCAGCCAGGGACUCUCACAGAGGCUGGGCGCCGCAAGGACGUGGGCAGGGAGUUCGCCCUGCUCUUCCUGAUCUUCGAUGAGAACCAGUCGUGGUACCUGGAGGAGAACGUGGCAGCCCAUGGCCCCCAAGGCUCAAGCCAUGUCAACCUGCAAGAUGAGAACUUCCUAGAAAGCAACAAGAUGCACGCCAUCAAUGGGAAGCUGUAUGCCAACCUCAAAGGGCUGACCAUGUACCAAGGAGACCGGAUAGGCUGGUACAUGCUGGCCAUGGGUCAGGAUAUUGACUUGCACACAGUCCACUUCCAUGCAGAGAGUUUCCUCUACCAGAAUGGGGAGAGCCACCGAGCCGAUGUGGUGGACCUGUUCCCAGGGACCUUUGAGGCAGUGGAGAUGGUGGCUACCAACCCUGGAACGUGGCUGAUGCACUGUCAUGUGGCUGACCAUGUCCAUGCUGGCAUGGAGACACUCUUCACUGUCCUGGCCCGAGGAGAGCCCAUGAUCACGAUCACAACUGGCAGUGAAGGAAAAGGACCAGAAACAGCUUUUGAAGAUGUGACGGGGACCAAAGUGAAGAUCCUGGGCAUGGAAGUCCCUGAGAAGGAUGCCGAGACGCUGGCCGUGGUCCUCGUCGUUGUGGGGCUUAUCCUUCUCAUCAUCGUGGUAGUCCUGGCAGGAGUCCUGUGCUACCAGCAACGGCAGAGGAAUCUGCGACGCAACAGGAGAUCCAUCCUGGAUGAUAGCUUCAAGCUUUUGUCCCUUAAACAAUAGGAGCUGCGCCCAGGGGCCCACAUCAGCUUUGGAAGUUGGGGAUGGGGUGGAGCGGAACUUCCCAUAACACUAACCUACAUGAACUCUGUGCCCUAGAGUAGGUUAAAAACAAUGACCACCAUGACAACAACAGCCUCAAACUUCCCAACAGCCUCUGGUGCCCCUCCAAAAACUAUUAGAUAUGUCCAGCUGUGAGGGUGGGCCCUGACAGCCUCCUGAAGUCUGACCCUUCUUUCACCCCAGAAUGUGGCACCUGGAGAAAGAAAGAACAGGCCAACUACAGGCUCUGAGGCCCAGCCAACUGGAGGGAGAUGCCACAUCUGCACCAAAAGGUCCAAGAAUGGGGAUAAGUGUGGGGCCAUGGAAGGCAGGGCCUGUCUUGGACCUUGAUUCUCCUUGGGGCUGAUUGCUUUACAAGGGGUUGGACUGGUUAAGGGAGGUUGGUAGGUAGAAAAAUGUCAGCUCUGGAAGGCAGAUCUCUCAAUGGGCACAGGUCCAUGCCCAGAGGGAGGGCCUAGUAUGCUGUGUCCUGAUGUCAUUCAUAGCAAACACUGUUAAUUAAAGAGCUGAUGGAACCUGGGAGCAAAGGACUAAAGUGGAGGGAGGGAGGCUGCACUGACACAAAAUACUACUGUUUUUGUAGUCCAACACCCUACCCCCCAGUGUGGGCAUCUCUUCUACAGCAUCUGUGGUGGUCAUUGGGUAUCUGGUUCAUCCCCCUACCCUUGGGAGGACCUGACCUUCCCCUGGCCGGACAUUAAGGGGUCUCUCUUGCUCUCCAGAGGUCUCUUGGCAUCUCAUUCUGCUUGGGAGUAAGGAAAACAUGCCAACCAAAAGACUGAACAGUUAAGAUGAGAGUAGGAAAGAGAGCGCUGGCUCCUUUGGUAUAUUUGGCAAGAGGGAAGGAGACUGGGUAGGAAAUAUCCUAGAGCAGUGAUGGUGAACCUUUUAGAGGGGCAGGUGAUAUGAGAAACAUCCUCAGGUAUGUGUGGAGAGGGGAACGGGGAACAGCCUGGCCCCACAUCCCUCUGGCUUUCUAGUAAAAAACUCUGAUAAUCUCUGUGCUGGAGUAAUGGUGCAUGUACCCAGAGAGGACUCUGAGUGUCCCUUCUGGCACAUGUGCCAUAGGUUUGCCAGCAGGGUCCUAGAGCAAGAUUCAGACUUGGGAAGUGGGGAGGAAGGGAGCCAGUGUGAUGUGGCAGAGAGGAUACAAGCUUUGAGAUAAGGAAGACCUGAAUUCAGUUACAGACAUCACCUGGCUAAGUGACCCUGGGCAAGUUACCACUUCUUUUGGCCUCUGUGGCCCAUAAGAACCUUUCUGGCUUUAAGUCUGAGCACCCUUGAUUGUCUGAAGAGCUUAAUCCAGAAAUGGAAAUCUAGUUUGGGAUGCCAUGAGAUAAUGUCAGAUAGAGGGAGAGACUGAACUUACGUUAGCCUAGAGUAAGGGGAGAGGGAUCUUUUAGGAUCCCUCUAACCACUGAAAGAAUAGGCCUAGUGGAGCCACUUGUAUGGUAGGUAGGGUCUGUGUAUAGCUGAGAGAACAUUAAUUCUAGGUGUUCCUAGACAAUGUGCUCCUCUCUCCAUCCUGCAUUUGUAACCAGGAUGCUUUUCCCUAUAAGUUGACAGAUCAAUGAAGCCCUUGCUGGUACCCCAGAAGGAAUGGUGAAGCAGAGGCAGAAGCAGGAGAGAGCAUCAUUGAAAGUGCUUGGUUGCAUUCAACAUGACACCCAUGGCCUCCCCUAAAGCCCUGCCCCUUUUUUGAGAUUUCUCCCUCCUCCUCCUCCUCCACUACACAUACUCCUCCACGUUUCCUCAUGUCCCACUUAAUCACUGCUCUUGGCAGUGUGACUCCAAGUAGGUAUCGUACCUCUCUAGGACUCAGUUUCCUCCUUUCUUGAAUGAAGGUAGCCAUCUUUGAUGCUUAAAGUUGAGUUCUUGUUCACUAGAGACUAAACCGACUUCAUUUGGUAGCUUAGAAAACGGAGACAGAAUGACAGUGACUUGCUCAGAAUCCUACACAGGUAGCAGAGCUUGAAUGCCGGUCUUGUUUUGGGCUUCAGCUCCCACGCCCUUCCCAGUUGUAGGAACCAUUGUAACUCCACGCACUCAGAUAGAUACCCAAGAGGCCAGGCCGCCACACUCAGCAGCUUUCUCAAAGGACACCGUUUCUAGUUGUCUUGGAAGUUUCCAACUGUUCAUAAUACUAUGAGAUGCCCAGGAGCCUUUAAAACAUUCCUCAAAUAAUGCCUUUAAUGACAAGAGAGUCUUUUGACCUGCUGGUUAAUUUGAGGGGUUAUGAAAACGCAGUGCACUCUGGGGACUAGAAACAAUUAUACUCUUGUAUGCAAGUGGAUCUUCUAUCUCAUCAGCACAUGUACUCCACUCCAUUACAGGGUGCAGAUGGUACCCUGUCCAUCCUAGGAGAGAGACUCUUCUCCAGGUCCUUUCCUAAAGCUGCUGCCCAAUGGGCCAGUCAAAACUGAGGGAAGAGAUAGUUCAAUCUUGGGCUUCAGUUCCAGUGCCUGAUGAGGGUGCUGAAGUUUAGAUCCCUGUCACUCUUAAAGGGGAGGGGACAAGCAUUUAUUAUGUGCCAGAAACCAUGCCAACCACUACCUCAUUUGAUUCCUGCCAUCAUUCCGGGAAGUCGAUACUUUUAUGAUCCCUCUUUGUUGAGAAGACUGAGGCAGAUGCAGAUAGAGGUGGUAUGACUUGCCCAGGGUUAUUCAGCUAUUGAGGCCAAAUUUGAACUUGAGUCUUCCCAAUUCUAGUCCUACCUCUUUCUAUAUUUCAACACCUAGCUGUCACACAUUAGUAGGGGGAAGGUUAUCCUAGAUCAAUGAUGGUGAACCUUUUAGACACUGUGUGCCCCCCCCCAACUGCAUGCCAUGCCCUUGCCCCUCUAGGCCAAGUUACCCAAGAAAAGGAGGGGAGUGGCCUGGGUGCUCUGCUCAGGGGAGGUAGUAAGCACUUCCAUUGGGCUGCUGGGCAGAGGGGGCAGGAAGGCAGGGUGGAGAGGGGGAACAGCAGCUCUGGCAGAGGACAGCUCAUGUGCCCAUAGAGAGGUCUCUGCAUGCCAUCUCUGGCACACAUGCCAUAGGUUCACCAUCAUGGUCCUAAAUAAAUGGGGCCUGAAGACAAGCAAGAUAUUAUUGGGAGUGCAGUAAUGAGGAAUAAAAGGAUACUCUUUAAUGUUUUA